AUGAACAAUCAUCCUCCAUCGAUUCAACGGCCAGCGAUGGCUUGGCGCGAUAAACUUCGUACAGAGCCCAAACUCGUAGUCACAGCAUCAGUCUCGCCGCCUUCAUUUUCACUCACAAAAUCCCGUGAACUUCCCGUCAUCAUCGAUCUUACACUUAUUCUCAUAGAUUCCACAAACCCCAUUACAGUCAAUAUCACCGAUAGCUUCUUAGCGCCCGACAAAGCAAAUUCUGUCAACAGUUCCUACAGUCUUACUCGUAAAGAUACAGGCAAACAAGCAUUCGAAAUCUACACGAACAUCGGUUUAGCUACCACCAAAAUCACUAUCAAUCCCGAUACCGACUUGUUGACUAUAUAUCCCGAGAAACCUUUCACCACCCAGAUAUGUAUUGGGCUCGAUAUAUUCUUCACUGGAGAGACUGGUGCUGGUACGCGCGCGGAUCCAUGUCUUUGUGCGACACCAUUAUCUUGCUUGAAGGUGGGAGAAACUUAUGAAGUGGGAUUAUCUUCCGAAACUAGUGGUAGGCCAGAGUUUAUGUGGUGGGCUCCGGGGGAUUGCGAGAGUACUGUGAAAGAGCGGGUAUCGUGGUGGAAUAGGUUGUUGGGAAACAAUUCAUUUGUGGAUGAAAUAAUGUUUAUUUUAGAUCCGAUGGUGAAAGUGGAAUGGGCGAAACGAGCUGAGAUUAAGAUUGAAGAGUAG